UUCGCCUUACGUCAACGUUACGUCAAACAAAUGUCAACAAUUCGUAAUAAAUUGUCGAUUUUGAAAAACCGAUUAAAAUCGUAAAUAUUAUGAAAGUUACGUACUUUAAUACUAUAAUGUGAACAAAUACAAAUUCUGCUACAAUGGAAGAAACGGUGGUUGAGGUGAGAGAGUCGCGGUUUAAGCGGUUCACCGUGAAAUAUGGAAGAAAUAUCCUCAUUGCUUUACUGGCCAUUAUCAUUGGCUACGGUCACACACAAUACGUCAACAUACUAUUUGAGAAUGACCUGAACUUCUCUAUGCUAUCGGACCUGGAGCGUGAAAUGUCAUUCCGUUCAGAACAAGGAUUCUACUACUCGUACUAUAAGACUAUAGUUGAAGAGGAACCGUAUGUGGCUGCGAUCACAAGAAUCAUGUACGAUAAACAUGUUGAAUACCCGAAUGAAGUCAACGCAUUCAACAGGUUCAAUAUUAUUCCAGAGGUGAUUCUAGGCUCCGUGUACCGGUACUUCUACCCGUAUUUGAACGGGACAGUCUCGUGCACCACAGUGUUCCGCGGUGAUGACAUUCCCUCGGUAGAGAGCUGCAAUGGACUUGGAGUGCCGAUGAUAUUCUAUGUGCAGUCUGUGUUCAUCUUAGCCGGAGUUACACUGGGAGCGCUGUUUAUAUUUGGGACUACCCUGAGCAACAGCAUCCUCGGCGGCCUAGUCACAGUCUGCCAAUACCUGGCCAACCACGCGGACUGCACGCGCGUGGCGCUGGCGCCGGCGCUGCGCGAGAACUUCGCGCAGCCGGCGCUGCUGCUGCAGAUGUGGCUGCUGACGGUCCAGCUGCGGGGGGGGGAGCAUGCGCUGCUCGGGAUGCAGGUAUCAAUAUUCCUGAUCAACUGCGUGUGCCUGCUCUUCUGGCAGUUCACCCAGUUCAUAUUCUUCACGCAAAUCUUCAUCUUCUUCGUAAUGGAGCAGCUACGUAUCAUAGACCUGAAGACCUUCUGCAUCUUUCUCCACUCCCACUUCUGCGGGCUGCAUAUGGCCAUCCUGCUCUUACAAGGGAAUGAUAUGCUGAAGACGUCCAUCUAUACUUCGUUCUUUAUUGUUGUCUCUAUCUACUGUCUCUUCUUCAGUAACAUGAGGAUUGCCGUUGAGACGCGCCUGGAUUUAAUUUUGGAGUCGUUCCUAGUGGUUAUGAGAAUCGCUAUUGUAAUGAUCAUGUCUAUUUGUCUCAAAACCGAAAUCAGGGAGUUUUUACUCAUCUUUGAAGACGCUCAUAUUUGGGAGAUAUUGUGGGCGAAAAUAUCUGACUAUCAGAGCUUUCAUACUAAGCUUUAUACUUGUUCGGAGGCUUUUGACUUUCUGCCGCUAGAAACUUGGGGUCAUCUAUGGGAUAGUACGCUAGUCCCCAUAGCCUUCGUUUGUGUUGUCAAUGUUACGUUCAAAUGGAUAGUGGACGCGUACACGUGCGUACACAAAAAGGACAAAGUCUUAAAGAAGAAGAAGAAAGCCAAAGAUUCUGACUCUAGUGACGAUGACAGCGGCAUAGAAAACACAAUGCCUGAACAUAAAGAAGAGAAAAUAGAUGAACAAGAGAAAGAUAAAGAAAAUAAUGAAGAUAAUAAACAAAUAGAAGUGAAAAAAGACGACACAGAUAAUGCAGAAGAAAAUAAAGACAAACCAAAGACCACAGACAAGAAAAACAAAACUGAUCUGUGUGUAAAAGAGAAAGAGAAGCCACCGAGAGAUGAACUGUUGGAGUUUUUGAUGAAUUUAAAGAUAGACGCUGGUAUUUUCUACAAUGUGUCACAAAUGGUGGCGUUUAUGAUAAUGGCCGUUAUGAUCAUGAGGCUAAAGUUGCUUUUUGUGCCGCACAUGUGUUUGGUGGCGUCACUAGUGGUGACUUUUGAAAUGGAGAAAUUUAAAAGAUGGCCGCGCGCGGGCGCCACGCUCCGCUCUCUGUUCUUCACGGUGCUGUUCGCUAUGAUCGCGUGGAAGGCCUAUACUAACGUGCAGGGACAGAUGAAGAACUUGGGAGAAUUCUCCGACCUCCAACUAGAAGAGCUACUGCAGUGGAUAUCCCAGACGCCGGCGGCUCCGGUGUUCGCCGGCCCGGUGCCCGUCACGAGUGCCGUGCUGCUGAGCGCGCGCCGCCCUAUCGUCAAUCAUCCGCAUUAUGAGAACAAGGAGGCUAGGGCUCGCACAUACGCAGUAUACAAGACGUACGGCAAGUUCUCUCCGCUAGAGCUGUAUGUGGAACUGUCCCGGCUCAAGGUGACGCAUCUCAUCGUGGACAGAGACUACUGCUAUGGCUCUGGGAUGAGUGACAACUGCACAUUCGAGUCGAUCUGGGACCGCGAGGCGCCGGCGGCGGCGGGCGAGCCCCGGCUGUGCCACCUGCUGCUCACGUCCAGGGUCGACCACUUCUACAGCGUGUUCAGAAAUCACAAGUACAGCGUGUUCAAGAUUCAUGACUUCAGCGUGCGCUACAUGCCUCGCUCGUUCGACACCUGACAGGCGGCCGCCGGCGCCGCCGAGCUCGGCGCGCUCCGGAAGCAACUCGACGAGAGCGUUCUAGGAAUAACAGGAUUUCAAAUCAGUAAGAUGUCUAUGAUGAACGACAACAUGACUCGGUUUUACGCCAAAACUAAAGCUGAAUAGAAAAGAUGGAUUCCAUUCAACAGGAUCUCAUUCAUGAAACAACUAUUUACCUAAUAUCAGCAUUAACUCACUGUUAGAUCUCCGUUAAUAACUAGUUUUAAGCUUAAA